AUGUUGCGAUAUCAAGUGGGAUUUAUCAUAUUGCUUUGUUGUAUUGGUAAUGAGGUGGAAGCACAGAUUCGUUAUUCUAUUCCCGAGGAAAUGAGGAAGGGCUCUCUUAUAGGUAAUGUGGCACAAGACCUCGGUUUGGAUCUGAAAAGGCUUCGCUCUGGCCGGGCCCGUAUCGUGGGUGGAGAAAACCUCCAGUACACCGAGCUGAAGACAGACAAAGGGACUCUGGUCGUGAAUGAGAGGAUUGACCGAGAGCAGCUGUGCGGAGACGUGACACCGUGCAGCUUCAGCUUCGAAAUCAUUCUUGAAAAUCCAAUUGAACUUCAUCGCGUCACUGUGGAAAUUUUGGAUAUAAAUGAUAAUGCGCCCUUUUUCCCAAAUGCAGAUAUGCAUUUUGAAAUAAGUGAAUCAGCUAUACUCGGAUCGAAAUUUCCAGUCGAAAGUGCAGUGGACCCUGAUGUCGGAUUAAACGCAUUGCAAAAUUACAUUCUGUCCCCAAAUAACAACUUCAUUGUGAAACAACAUACUAAUCCAGAUGGCACUAAAUACGCUGAACUGGUGCUGCAGAAACCAUUAGACAGAGAAGAACACUCCAGUGUUCCUCUUAAAGUAAUAGCUGUUGACGGUGGGAACCCACAGAGAUCUGGCACGGUGAAUAUAAAUAUAUCAGUUUUGGACGUAAAUGAUAAUGCCCCUGUAUUCAACCAGUCAGUGUAUAGGGCCUCUGUCAAGGAAAACGCCUCAAAGGGGACAUAUAUCACAACAGUGAACGCAACCGAUGCAGACAUUGGCACUAACGGGGAAAUGAUUUUCAGUUUUUCGAAAAUAAAAGGCAGCACGGUCCAUAUGUUUAACAUUGAUGAAAACACAGGUGUUAUAACAGUUGCUGGACUCAUUGACUUUGAAAAAGAGAAAAAAUAUGAACUCAGAUUAGAGGCAAAGGACCGAGGAGGUUUUACUGGCACCAGUAAAGUUAUAAUUGAUGUUAUUGACGUCAAUGACAAUGCCCCAGUAAUCAAUAUCAUGUCAUUUUCUACUACCAUAUCAGAAGAUUCUCGUCUCGGCACAACAGUAGCUGUUCUCAAUGUUAAAGACGCUGAUUCAGAGAAAAAUGGACAGAUACGAUGUACCAUAGACAAAAUGAUCCCUUUUCAAAUCGAAUCCUCUUUAACAAACUACUAUAAUCUAGUGGCGGAUCAGCUUUUUGAUAGAGAGACUACUUCAGAGUACAACAUCACAGUAAUAGCAACCGACUGCGGUUCUCCUCCUCUCUCCAGCUCUGUUACGUUGCAACUUAGAAUAUCUGACGUAAACGACAACAGCCCAUUUUUCGACCAAAAAAUAUAUUCUGCUUAUAUCACAGAGAAUAAUUCCCCUGGAGUGCCCAUCACAACUGUUAGAGCGCGGGAUUCUGAUUGGGGAAAAAACGCGAGGGUCUCCUAUUUUCUAGAGGACACGCAGAUCAGCGGCAAUUCUAUGUCCAAAUAUGUCUCCAUAAACUCUGACACAGGUGUAUUACACGCGGUGCGAUCGUUUGAUUAUGAACAAAUUAAGGAAAUUAAGCUUACUGUCAGAGCGCAGGAUGGAGGCUCCCCUCCACUCAGUAGCAACGUGACAGUGAAGCUAAUAAUCCAGGACCAGAACGACAACCCCCCUCAGGUCCUGUACCCGGUCCAGACUGGAGGCUCAGUGGUGGCUGAGAUGGUUCCUCGUGCAGCAGAUGUGGGCUAUCUGGUGACUAAAGUGGUGGCUGUUGAUGUGGACUCUGGACAGAACGCCUGGCUGUCGUAUAAACUGCAGAAAGCCACAGACAGGGCGUUGUUUGAAGUGGGCUUACAGAAUGGAGAAAUCAGAACUAUCCGCCAAGUGAGUGAUAAAGAUGCUGUGAAACAAAGACUGACUGUUAUAGUGGAGGACAACGGGCAGCCGUCUCGUUCAGCUACAGUCAUUGUGAACGUGGCGGUGGCGGACAGCUUCCCUGAAAUGCUGUCAGAGUUCACUGAUUUUAACAACGACAAGGAGUACAAUGACAACCUGACUUUUUACUUAGUGCUGGCUUUGGCUGUAGUGUCCUUCCUCUUCAUCACGUGCUUGGUGGUUAUCAUAUCAGUGAAAAUCUACAGAUGGAGAAAUUCUCGCGUCAUGUAUCACUCCAAUCUUCCUGUGAUUCCAUAUUAUCCACCACGUUACUCAGACACUAUGGCCACAGGGACUCUGCCGCACGUGUACAAUUACGAGGUGUGCAGGACGACUGACUCCAGAAAGAGUGACAUAAAAUAUAUGCAGCCGAUGAGUCAAAGUUUAGUCAGUGUGGAUGGAGCUGGAGCUGAAACACCACAGGUGGAAAUGCAACUUACAGGCACCUGUUCUCAGAUGUCAACCCUGCUGAAAUUAUCAUCACCUACACUUUUUGAGGAUAUAAUUGCACCAGUUUUGCACUUAACGGAUUACUGCGUCUGUGUCUCUGGAUGUAUGAUGGCUUGCAUGUGGAUCACCGCUCAAAGAGGCCCAUGGCAAACGCUGGUUGUCAUUCUUUGUCUUUUCGAGCUGAGCGCCGUGAGAGGCCAGGCUCGAUACUCUGUACCGGAGGAGCAGGCAGAAGGCUCUUUUGUUGGAAACAUAGCUCGAGAUUUAGGUGUGGAUGUGGGGAGGCUCAUAUCAGGUAAAGCUCGUAUUAUUACCAAGGGAAGUCGACAAUACGUUGAUUUAAACCGAGACAAAGGCACCCUUAUUAUUAAAGAGCGAAUCGACCGAGAGGAUCUGUGUGGAAAGACGACGCCCUGUAGCUUCAGCUUCGAGGUGAUUUUAGAAAAUCCAAUCCAGCUCUAUCGGGUAACAGUGGAGGUAGUGGAUAUAAACGAUAACAGCCCCUCCUUCCCAAAGGAUGUAAUCAAUUUGAAAAUUGUUGAAAAUGCUGCAUCAGGCACUCGUUUCUCUCUAGAGAGCGCAGACGACGCCGAUGUUGGUAUAAAUGAUAUUCAAAAAUAUACACUCAAACCAUCAGAUCAUUUGAAAUUAGAAGUCCAGAAUCAGCCCGAUGGAGGAAGAUUCAUCGAAAUGGUUUUACAGAAACCGUUGGACCGAGAGAAAGAGGAGACUCACACACUCGUGCUGCUCGCUUCAGAUGGAGGAGAGCCUCACAGAUCAGGGAGUGUGCGUAUUCAUAUUACUGUGCUAGAUGCUAAUGAUAAUGCGCCAGUAUGUAGCCAGCCUGUUUAUAAAGCCGAGGUCAGGGAGAAUUCUCCUGAAGGAACAGUGGUGACCUCAGUCAGUGCUACUGAUGAAGAUAAAGGAGUUAAUGGAGAGGUCUCUUACUCCAUAAGUCAUGUAGCUCGAGAAGCAAAGCAGCUUUUUGAGGUAAAUGUAAAAACUGGAGAGAUCAAAGUAACAGGUAAACUGGAUUAUGAAAAGUCCAAGACAUAUCAACUUAACGUCCAGGCUAGUGACCACGGGGGAUACACCGACACGUGUAAAGUUAUUAUUCAGAUUAUCGACGAAAAUGACAACGUGCCUACAAUUCAGAUGAUGUCAUUUUCUAACUCAAUUUCCGAGGACUCUCUGCCAGGUACAACUCUAGCUGUUGUUAAUGUUGACGACGAAGACUCUGACAGUGAUGGUGUCAUUAAGUGCUCCAUCACAUCUGAUGUCCCUUUCAAAAUCGAGUCUUCAUUAACAGGUUAUUACAGCAUAGUAACCGAAGAUUUCUUAGACAGAGAAAUUGUUCCUGAGUAUAAUAUCACCAUCACUGUCUCUGACCAAGGCUCCCCACCUCUGUCCAGCAGUAAGAUCCUCAAUGUGAAAGUUUCUGACGUGAACGACAACCCCCCUAAAUUUACACUACCAGAGUAUAGCAAGACUUUACCAGAGAACAACUCUCCUGGAGUUUCUGUGUUCACUCUCAGUGCUAGUGAUGCAGACUGGGGUCAAAACGCUCGUGUUUCUUACUUCCUGGAGGAGAAAGAGAUAAAUGGGGUCGCCGUGUCUUCCUUAGUGUCAGUAAAUUCAGAAAAUGGUGUCAUUCAUGCAGUGAGGUCGUUUGAUUAUGAGCAAAUCAAGUGGUUUGAAUUCAACGUAACUGCUCGUGAUGCUGGGUCUCCUCCUCUGAGUUCAGUUGCUACAGUUAGAAUCGUGAUCCAGGACCAGAACGACAACCCCCCUCAGGUCCUGUACCCGGUCCAGACUGGAGGCUCAGUGGUGGCUGAGAUGGUUCCUCGUGCAGCAGAUGUGGGCUAUCUGGUGACUAAAGUGGUGGCUGUUGAUGUGGACUCUGGACAGAAUGCCUGGCUGUCGUAUAAACUGCAGAAAGCCACAGACAGGGCGCUGUUUGAAGUGGGCUUACAGAAUGGAGAAAUCAGAACUAUCCGCCAAGUGAGUGAUAAAGAUGCUGUGAAACAAAGACUGACUGUUAUAGUGGAGGACAACGGGCAGCCGUCUCGUUCAGCUACAGUCAUUGUGAACGUGGUGGUGGCGGACAGCUUCCCUGAAGUGCUGUCAGAGUUCACUGACUUUACCCACGACAAGGAGUACAAUGAUAACCUGACUUUUUACUUAGUGCUGGCUUUGGCUGUUGUGUCCUUCCUCUUCAUCACGUGUGUGGUGGUUAUUAUAUCAGUGAAAAUCUACAGAUGGAGACAGUCUCGCGUCAUGUAUCACUCCAAUCUGCCUGUGAUUCCAUAUUAUCCACCACGUUACUCAGACACUAUGGGCACAGGGACUCUGCCACAUGUGUACAAUUACGAGGUGUGCAGGACAACUGACUCCAGAAAGAGUGACUGUAAGUUCGGGAUAGCUGGGAGUCAGAACGUCCUGAUCAUGGACCCCAGCUCUACAGGGACCAUGCAGCGGAUGCAGAGUGAGAGGAGCAUCCUGGACGAACCAGACUCACCUCUAGAGGUUGGUUUUCUUAAGUAA